CCCAGCUCCUCAGCUUCUGGUCCGGCCGCGCCGCUCCGCCGACCCUCGCCCGCCGCCGCCACCGCCAAAAUGUCUGCAGCGGGGCCUGGAGGUUCAAGCGCUGCCCCAGGCAGUAAUCGAAGACUUCAGCAGACGCAAAAUCAAGUAGAUGAGGUGGUGGACAUCAUGAGAGUCAACGUGGACAAGGUGCUGGAGAGGGACCAGAAGCUCUCCGAGCUGGAUGACCGUGCAGACGCGCUGCAGGCGGGGGCAUCCCAGUUUGAAACAAGUGCGGCCAAGUUGAAGAGAAAAUAUUGGUGGAAGAACUGCAAGAUGUGGGCCAUCGGGAUCGCCGUGAUCGUCAUCAUCAUCAUCAUCAUCGUCGUGUGGAGUGUUUCUUCAUGAAGAACCAGUGAAACUCCAGCCUGCUGUUUCAAGAACCCUCUUCAAGACUUCGGACUCAGAACCUGCUCUGUUAUCCAGCUCACCUACUGUUAUAUCUCAAACAAUUCUUUUCUGUUAGUUAAUGUAAAAUUUGAUUUCUAGGAAAUGUGCCUUUGUUCUUACUAUGCACUCCAAACCAGUGUGGUCAGCCAGCCCACGUGUGGGGGCGCCUCUGUUCCAGUGCACUGUGAUCUAGAAGGGAUGUUGUCUGGUUCAUUGCCAUUGAUUCCAGUUAAGGGGAUUGGUUCCAAGUUAGUUAUUCUCAUCCGAGGAUGUUACCUUCAGAACUGCAUUUUAAACCUUGGGGUAAUCAGAUUUCCAACUUGUGCCUUCCAGAAAGAACACUACUGCCAACACAAACCUCUGACAAUAACAGGCUGUGCCUUCUUUGGUAUUUUUCUGAUCCUGUGUGCGAGAACCGCCUGCUGUUGUAAUAAGCACUACUGACUCCUCUGAGUUUAGAAGAUGCUGGUCAAGAGGUUUUGCUCUGACGUUAGAUAUGAAAUGUUUACUUUCUUGUUGUGUAUCACUACAUGUUGCUAAAAAUAUUAUUUGAAUCAGAAAUAAUAAUCCCUUUAAAACAUUUUUAUAAAUCUGUGGCUAUGACCAAAGUUACUCUUUUGCCAAAAACUUAAAUGCCAUUAAAAUGCCCCAAAGUAUGUUCCUCACAGAUAAAUUCAGAAAAGUGACAGAUGCCACUCAAGGUGCCCUUUGGAAUUAAAAUUGUGGCAUUGUGUGUGAGCCUUGUACGUGCCAAUAGGCUGCCAUGGCUCUGACAUGCUGGGGUGGUGCAGGGCUGUCCCGACGCAGCCUCUCUCCCGGGAGUGAGAGAAGGUUCCACUGGACUCUUGACAGUCCCACACCUAAGCACAGUGUUUACCCAGCAGUUCUCAGCGCCUCAGCUCUGGAUGCCGGUGUGUUCCUAGUAACUGAGCAACAGUUUUGUACCUUCUAGGGAGACUGUCUGUGAACUGGCCUGCGUCUGGCCCAGUCCUCAGAGACUACAACUUUUUGGAGUUUAUUUCCUAUUCUCAUCCAUAUUCCACUUUCUAAACCUGUCUUCAAAAUUAUGCUUGCGGUUAGGCGUUGGCCCGGGCGGGACGACAUCAGGUCAGCCGUAGAGGCGUGUUCUACAGUGUCAGCUGCUGCACAGGACACUGCAGUGGGGAGAAAUGCUGCCCCCCCCCCCCAAGACUCGUCUUGGGCGCCUGAGGCUCCCAGCACCAGUGUGUGUAGCCUGAAGAUGGAAAUUCAGGAGGGAAUGAAAACAGGCAAAGAGGCACUGAGGCAAUGACAGGUUUUACUAGUCUGGCCCGCUGUCACUGGGCUAUCCUAACUUGUUCUCACGCUGGCCUGCGACUCACAGGCAGCAACAGAUGAGGUGCACCAGGACAGACUCCAGUUCUUUACUCCGUUCCCCAACAUCCCUGAGCGGUGUAGCUGGCCCCUCUGCUGUGUGUGGGAGUAGAAGGUAGCUGUGGGCGGCGUACCCCUCGGCUGGGUCUUCAUCGGGGCUCGCCUCCGGGCUCGCCUCACCUCGUGCUCAGUGCCACGUCCCCGCCAGCUCCUGCAUUAACCCAGGAGUACCUCGCUUGUGUCUGUGCGUUUAGCUGGGAACUUGCCCGCUGCAAUGAACUGAAUAAAGUGUUGAGAAACAAUUCUUGUCCCUGUGUGGCUUGUGG